ACACUGGACAUUUGGUGACCCUGAUGGGGUCUCGCUGCCGUUAUCGCAGCGUCUUUUUGGCAGCCCUCUGGAGGAACAGCAAAAGCCCUCUGAUCCAUCGCACACCGCCUCUGACAUGAUCAGCGGACGGUGGCAGAAUACCUCCUUAGCUCUCUGAUGUUUUUGUUUGUUUGUUUGUAUGUUUGUUUUCUUUUCUGCUCGUUCUGCACAGCACUAGAAUGGAGAUUUUCAGCCGUCUGCCUGAGCCGUGUGCCAAAGCGUAGCACCAGAGAAAGCACUGCUGCACCCAAUUGCCACCCAGUCCGCAGGAGACCUCAGGAUGGAUGAGCAGUCCAGCUGCCCUAAUGUCAGCAUUCCCUGCUACAAUGAGCAGAGGGACAAGAAGAAACGCUACACUGUUUACAAAGUAAUGGUCAGUGUUGGGAGACAUGAAUGGUUUGUCUUCAGAAGAUAUACAGAAUUUGAUAAACUGUACAAUACAUUGAAAAAACAGUAUCCUGCUUUGAAUUUGAAGAUCCCUGCUAAGAGAAUAUUUGGUGACAACUUUGACCCAGAGUUCAUAAAACAGAGAAGAACGGGGUUACAUGAGUUCAUUCAGAAAAUAGUGUCGCAUCCACAGCUCAGCCACCAUCCCGAUGUCCGAGACUUUCUGCAAAUGGAUAAAUGUAAAAACUUCUCGGAUGCCUCAGAGGAUGAAGAUGAUAAGAAUAGCUCCAACUCCAGAAACAUUAACCUGGGGCCAUCUGCUAACCUACAGGCAAAACCCACUGACUUUGACUUUCUUAAAGUCAUUGGUAAGGGGAGCUUUGGAAAGGUUCUCCUUGCAAAGAGGAAACGAGAUGGGAAGUGUUAUGCAAUCAAAGUCUUGCAGAAAAAAGUCAUUCUAAACAGGAGAGAGCAGAAGCACAUAAUGGCUGAGCGUAAUGUGCUGCUGAAGAAUGUGAAGCACCCUUUCCUUGUUGGACUGCACUAUUCCUUCCAGACAACAGACAAGUUAUAUUUCGUCCUGGAUUUCGUAAAUGGCGGAGAACUUUUCUUCCACCUUCAAAAAGAACGAACCUUUCCUGAGCCAAGAGCAAAGUUCUACAUUGCUGAGAUGGCGAGUGCUCUUGGCUACCUGCACUCUCUUAACAUUGUUUACAGGGAUUUGAAACCAGAAAAUAUCCUGCUGGACUCUCAAGGACAUAUAGUCUUGACGGAUUUUGGAUUGUGCAAAGAGGGCAUCUCUCAAGCAGACACAACAACCACGUUUUGUGGGACACCUGAGUAUCUGGCUCCAGAGGUACUAAGGAAACAGCCAUAUGACAACACGGUUGAUUGGUGGUGUCUGGGCUCAGUGCUGUAUGAGAUGCUCUAUGGACUGCCUCCAUUCUAUAGUAGGGACACUCAUGAGAUGUAUGACAACAUACUGCAUAAGGAGCUAACAUUGCGUCCUGGUGCAUCCACGUCAGCCUGGUCCAUCUUGCAAGCUCUUCUGGAGAAGGACCACACCAAGAGGCUAGGAUUCAAGGAGGACUUUAAUGAAGUCAAAAGGCAUAGUUUUUUCUCUUCUAUUAACUGGGAUGAUCUUAUGGCGAAAAAGAUCACACCUCCAUUUAACCCCAGUGUGGAUUCGCAGUAUGACAUUUCAAACUUUGAUCCCGAAUUCACAGAUGAGACUGUUUCCAACUCUGUGUGCAUCUCCACAGAGCACUCCGUCGUCAAUGCCAGUGUCAUGGAGGCUGACGAUGCUUUUCUGGGGUUCUCGUAUGCACCACCUUCAGACGACUCUUUCCUGUAUUAAACAAUAUUAAGAAUGAUGCUGGAACCAUCAGUGCCACAGGAAAUGCCCUUAUUGUAACCAUUCUUCAUGAAAGGGAAGAAUUUGCCCAGUGGAGAAUGCCAACGUAUUGGGUUGUACAGUUUGCUGACUGAAGUGCAUACCCAUAUUGUGAAGCAGGGUGUUUCAGAUCUUUAUUUUUAUCUUCAAACAGCAGAUUUAUAUUUUGUAUUGUAUCACUUACCUUGCCCAAGAUCUAGCUCAGGUAUUGCUGUUUUUCUUCCCAAGAUGAUUUUCUGUGGUGGUUGUUUUGAUGUCAGGGAAGCUUGUGUGAUGCCCUUUGAAAACAGAAUGCCUUUGUCAUGUACAUUCCAUUUUUAUACAUCCCUUAAUGACCUCUAGAGUCUUACCCCUGGGGCAGUCUGUGCAGUUGUCUGUCUGGUUUGUUCUCCUUUCAAAAAUGAAUUAUGUAAAAAUAAUUAUAGAUGUGUAUUGUAUGACUUUUUUUUUUUAAACCAAAGAUACAUUUAUUUGUAAUAACCUCCAAACCCCAAUGAAGUAAGAAUUAAAUGAAUUAAAAGAUUAAGAAAUUGUGGAAUUCCAAAUUAGUAAACCUUGUAAAUAUGUGACCGCACAGACUAAAGUCUUUUAUGUCGCAUAUACAGUCACAAGGUUUUAAAUUGGAGCUACUUUGUUGGCAUGUAUUACAGUGUAAUAGCUCUAACCAUAGAAACCGUCUGGCCCAUAGGGCGAUGGUCUGAAUACACAUUAACAGUAAAAUGUUGCCUUAAAACA